ACUUUCUUAACCCAACAACAAAACAGAGUAAAAGCUGAAACUAAAUAGGCUCAGCCCCACAAACACACAGCAGCAGGCAAGCGGCAAUAGUUUUGUUUGCUUAACGAAAUAGUGUCGAUACCUCACUUCCUCUCUCUCCAAUUUUCGCUCUAUAAUUGUUCUCUCAGCAUCGGCAAUAGCAAUACCAAUAGCAACAGCAGCACUUCUAACUCUACUCUUCCUUUUUUCUAUCCUCCAAUUCCCCUUAUAUUCUGAAAUUAUUAGGUUAAGCUUCGAUGGAUAGGCACAGGGGAGACCGCUACGGUGGCAGCCACAACAACAGUAACGCCGAAGAGUCGUAUCAUAAUAAUAUUAAUACUAGUAAUCGGAGACCUUCUCGCUUCUCAGACGGCCCUCCCUCUCGCUUCUCUGAUACUCCUGUUAACCGCUUUUCCAACAACGGCUCCAAUUACGACCACCACCGCCGUAGCCCUAACAAUUAUCGUGCUGGUGGUGGUAACCGUCCCUUUGAUAGCCCUCCUGGUGGAGGAUUUGUGCCAAUGGGAGGCACCGGAAGUGGUGGUGGUGGGUUUCGACCUAUGGGAGGGGGAGCUGGAGGUGGAGGUGGAGGUGGAGGUGGAGGGUUUGUAUCUAAUUAUCAGGCUCUUCCACCGCCAAUUCCGCCUCCUCAGCCUCUAUCUGGUCAAAAACGAGGGUUUCCAUUUUCUGGCCGUGGGAAUUCUCCUGAUCAUACUGAAUGUGGUAGUUUUGCUAAACUCUUUGUUGGAUCCGUUCCAAGGACUGCUAGUGAAGAAGACAUUCGCCCCUUGUUUGAACAACAUGGAAAUGUGAUAGAGGUUGCCUUGAUCAAAGAUAAGAGAACGGGACAACAACAAGGAUGUUGUUUUGUAAAAUAUGCAACCUCAGAAGAAGCUGACAGGGCCAUCAGAGCUUUACACAAUCAACAUACUCUGCCUGGAGGAAUAGGUCCCAUCCAAGUAAGGUUUGCUGAUGGGGAACGAGAGCGUCUCGGUGCAGUUGAGUACAAAUUGUUUGUGGGGUCCUUAAACAAACAAGCUACAGAAAAGGAAGUUGAGGAAAUUUUUUCACCAUAUGGCCACGUUGAAGAUGUCUAUCUCAUGCGUGAUGAAAUGAAGCAAAGUCGCGGAUGUGGAUUUGUUAAAUACUCUAGUAGAGAAAUGGCGCUGGCAGCUAUAAAUGCUCUUAAUGGAAUCUACAAAAUGAGGGGAUGUGAUCAACCACUCACCGUUCGUUUUGCUGAUCCUAAGAGGCCUAGGCCUGGAGAUUCAAGGGGUGGUCCAGCAUUUGGAGGUCCAGGCUUUGGCCCUCGGUUUCAAGCUCCAGGACCAAGAUUGCCACCCAAUUUUGGUGACGCUGUGGGUGAUCGAGUUCCACCUAGUGCAUGGCGCCCAAUGAGUCCACAGAAUAUGGGGCCUUCCCCAAACGCUGCUAUCCGCGGUUUUGGGAGUCAGUUGAUUCCUAGGCCGGGUGAACUUGCUGCACCUCCGAAUCAGGGUGGUCCCUUUGGUGGUCCUUCUGAUGGUGCUCGUCCAGGACAUAUGAUUUCUUCUACAGCACAACAGAGUUUUAACCCGUCUUUACAGCACGCCCCACCUGUCGGCCAACAAAUAUCGCCAUUACAGAAACCCCUCCAAUCUCCUCAGCAUUUGCCACCUUCUCUUCAAUUACACCCACAGGUUACAUCUUACUCACAGACACAAACAUCCCAUGCUGGCCAAGCACCUUUCUCUCAAGCACUGCCAUCACAGCAGUAUGUUGGUAUGAGCGGACAGUUGUCUGCUUCUCAACCUCAACUUCAGCAGGGGACACCACUGCAACCUCCUUUGAAUGUCAACUUACAACCUCAUUCUAUGUCUGCUGUUACAAAUCAACAACAAAUGCCUGCUCUUGUCCAGCAGCAACUGCCGCCGCCUCUUCAACAGUCCCCUUCUCAGUUAGCUCAGAUGCUGUCACAACAGACACAAACUCUGCAAGCCACCUUUCAGUCAUCUCAGCAGGCAUUCUCACAGCUGCAACAACAGUUGCAGAUGAUGCAGCCAUCAAAUCAAAAUUUGCAUCAGAAUUCUCAGCCUACUAAACAGCAGCAGUGGCCAGGGAUUGCACCACAAACGGUUGCUAGCACGGCUCCAGCUGCAUUGGCUGCAGAUGUGCCUCCAUCUACUUCCACUGCUCCUGUAAUAGCACAGCCAGUGUGGACAGAGCAUACCUCACCUGAGGGUUUCAAGUACUAUUAUAACAGUGUGACUCGGGAAAGCCGGUGGGAGAAACCAGAGGAGUUGACAUUAUUUGAACAACAACCAACGCAGCAGCUGCAGCAAAUGCAGCAAAAACCCCCCAUUCAACAGCCUCAAACCCAGUCAAACCCUCAAGCUCUGCCCACCCAGCAAGUGCCACAGGUACAACAGAUGCCACAUCAAUCUCAGUUUCAAACACAGUUCCGCCACCAGCAGCAGAUGCAACCAGCUUCAUUUCCUUCAUCGUAUGCUGCUCCUGGAGUUAGAGUUCAACAGGAUGCUCAGGAACUUAGUUAUGCGCAAUUACCUGCAGCAUCUAGUUCAGCCAAUGAUCCAUCACGCAUCCAGGGGCUUCAGUCUGCUCAGGAGUGGAUGUGGAAGAACAAGGCAGCAGGUUCAGGAACAUGAAAUGGAUGAGUGGAAUCUUAUUCUAAGGCAGCAAAAGGGCAAAACAGCUGCUAUCAGGUUCCUCACAGGUGAAUGGUGGCUAACUCAGUGGCAGUGCAAGUGUAGGCAAUGGAAGGACUUGCUAUGAGCUUAAGUGCUAAUGAUAUGUGAAACUGGAACGGCUCCUCAAUCCUCCAGUUUUGUUGGUUAAUUUGUGAGAAUUACAGUCCUGGUUCCACAUGCCACAUUAGUUCAUGGGGAAAAUAAUGCCCCAAACUGUGUAUUACUGAAUAAUUGUGUAACAUGCCCCCUAUGUACCGUAAUAUGCAGCCGUAGGAGCAGCAGUAUGCACUAUUUCUGCUCCCUCAGUAGAAAUUUCUAGAUGGCUUUGAUGCCCGUAAAAAACCAUUACUGCUGGAUUGGCCCAGAUUCAGAUGCACUUUCAAUCAUCAAUAGUCUGUUAGUUAAUUACUGAUUAAA